AUGGCAGUGGCAGAUGAAGAGGCGCCCUCGCCUCUCUAUCGUCAUGCCAGGACACUUCCCUUUGAACUGGUCCAACAUAUAGGCAUUUUCUUCGAAGAGAAGCUCUGUCCGCCUCCCCUCACUCCCCGCAAUUCACUUGACCAUCGAACUGACCGCGGCGUCCGUCAACCAGACACGCAAGCCCUAAACCUACUCCUAAAUAUUAUCACCACAGGCACGAUCCCUCCAACGCCAGUCUACGUCCCGUCGCCCCAGCAUCUCGCCCUCGCCGCUACAUUCCUCGUCCACCCCUCAACCACCACCCGGGCCAAAACCGCCGAGCAAGAAGAAGCCUCCAAUGUCUCCCUGCGACUCCUCCGCCUCGCAAACACCAUCGCCGGACCAGUAUCCGCCAAACUCGGAACCGCAUUCUCCUUCACCCACUUCGAGGCCUCCCGCCAUGGGCGCCGCCGACGCGCCGAAGACGAGCAACCCCCAGACGAUGAUACGAAACCGCUGAACCUCGACCUGGCCCAGUCUGCCUCCGUAUGGUCCCGCGCAGAGGACUUCUGGCAUGCAGUCGGCUGGGCAUUCAACUGUUCCGUGCUUCACCGCGAACGGUGGGAGAAAUGGCAAAUCUGGCUCGAAUACAUGUGCGAAGUGCUCGAAGACGACUGGAACGAACGCAAAAGAAUGAGCGACCGCAACACAAACAUAGAUCAUAAAGUCCUCAAAGACAGUCUGAUCUUCCGCUACAUCACCGAAACAACAGCAGGAUACGGGCGCAACCGACGGAUCCUCCGCGCGAUCUUCGCAGACGGGGGCUCGACCUCUGUCAACGAAUUCCGCGAGGUCUUCCACCACGAGCUCAAAAAGCCCAAACAAGACAAGAACACCAAGAAACGCGAAGUCCAAGUCAACAUCGACGAAGACCAAUAUGGCGACUACCUAACCGACGACGACGAUGACUCCUCCGACAACAAUAACAACAACAAGAACGACCCAGACACGGCCUCAAAACGGCCUACCCGGCAAACCAAACGCCCCCGACGAGGUACCCGCGCCAAAGACGUCAAAUCAGCCGACGCAGUCGAUACCACGUCAACAGUCUACGCACUCAGCGAUGUCUCCUCGCACGGCGGCUUCCAAUCCCUAGCCCUCCGCCAACGUCUCCUCCACCUUCUCUCCGGUGUCGCGGAGGCUCUCCCUGACGACUUCAUUUCCCUCGAGGAACUGUACCACCUCUUCGUCGAAAACAUCCGCCAUCUCUCCCUCCCCGUCUUCCAGGCUCUCGUCACCCCAUCAACUCUACCCUAUUUCUCCCCAGAGGCGUGCACAACCCUCUGCGAAUGCCUGCUCUUCCGCAUCCGCGAGAGCGCAGCCCCAGACACAGACGAGGAGUAUCUCAGCCAAGCAAAGCUGGAGGAGUGUUUCCUCCCUUAUGCGGCAAGUACCAACAGCGUAAUCGACAACACCAAGAUGUCGAUCCUCCUCGAGGCACUCCUGAUCCUACUCGCAAACAGCGACAUGCUAAAAGUAACUACGGACUUGCAAGAAGCGGUAGAAGAGGGUAUCCAGCGUCGUGCGGAGAAAGCCCAAACGGAGACGAAGAAGAGCGUGAGUGCGCGCAAAUCGGAAGAUGCGGAGUGGUGCUGGCUGCAGGAGAGUGGGGAGCGGUUGAGGUUCCUUGUUGAGGUUCUUCCGCGUGGGGAGGAUUCGGAUUGA